AUGCUGACCUCGAGCGAUGAGGACUUCUGGGCCGCCGUGGCGGCUCAGGUGGCGAAGGAGGGAUCCAGCACGACUCCCGCGUGGCGACAGGUCGGCGUUGCUCCCCCGACGAGCCCGUCUUCGGGCGACAGCGGCCACGGCAGGGCCGGGACCCGCGGCAAGGCCAAAGGUCCCGCCGCCGCCGCUUCCGCUGCGGAGGUGGAGGCCGCCGGGGUGUGCUGCGCGCUGUGCGAGGACAAGUCGGAGGGGCGGUGGGUGACGAGGUGUAAGGGGUCUGGCGGCGGCACGGGGACGAGGCAGCAGCAGACGUGCAACAUCUGGGUCCACCCUGCGUGCGCUUGGCAGAAUGAAGGGUACGCGAUGAGGUCCAUCGCCGGGUCCUCUCGCCUGACCGCGGACGGAGAGAAGAGGAGACUGCCGACGGUGUUCUUCGCAUGCCCCUUGCACGACAAGCCGGCCACUUACUGCUCGUGCAAGCGCGAGGAAGGGGAGGACGAGGACGGAGAAGAGGACUACAUCGAGUGCGAGAGCUGCAACGAGUGGUACCACUUCUCGUGCGAGGGACUCGAUGAGGACAAUCCCCCGGAGAGGUACUCUUGCAAGCGGUGCCGGCAGCUGGCGGCCAAGGGGCAGAAGGUGCCGGCGCAGGAGCGGCGCCGCAACAAGGCCAAGACCAACGAGUACCUGUCGGAGAUGCUCGCCAACAAGGUGAUGCAGAUCCAGCAGUGGGUCAAGGAGGUCAAGGUUCUUGCCGCGACGAACACGGCCGGCGGCGGCGCUGCUGCUACGAGCGAUGCGGCGGCGGCGGCGGCGGCGCAGGCCCGGUACGCCUCCGUCAAAGAUCUCCUCGCAAGGCGGGAAGAACUCGAAGCACCCCUAGAGGAAGAGGAGGAGGAGAGCAACGCUAGGGGGGGCAAAGGCGGGAGGGGCAGCGGGGGGGCCCGCGGUGGUGCCCGAGGGGGGGGCGGCGGCGGCGGCGGCGGCGGAAGCAGCAGCGGGGGUAGCGAUGCCGGCGACGAGGAGGACGGGAAGGUGGUGCACGGCAUGGGGGGCGUGUACGCGGAGGCGUCGGCGUUACUGGAGUCGGUGGCGGAGGAGUCGGACAGGGCGGAGGGGGCGGUGGACGAGUGGUUCGACGAGCACCCGGAGCCUUACUAUAAGAAGUCGGACGGAGGGGCCCGCCUCGGCUACUGGAAGACCUCCGUCAGCCCGCUCGAGGCCGAGGUCGGGCAGCUGGAGCAGCUCGUCGCAUCCGCGCGGUCCGCGCGCGCGGGGCCGCCGGCGGCGGUAGCGGCGGCGGAGGACGCCCUAGCGGCCGCCCGGUGGGUCUUGAAGGCGGUGGUGCUGUUAACCGGAGGGGCCGGCGGGGCGGGGGCGGCGGGGUUGCCGGCGUUUUCGGAGGUGUCUGCGCUGCUGGACAACGCGGGAGAGGCGAUGGCAACGAGUGCGGACCGGCGGGGAAGGGCGAACACCGCCUGGCAGCACGUGAACGACAUUAGGAGUAUGGCGACCCAGUGGAUCAGGCGUGCCAAGACAUGCCUCCGUGCCGACGGUGCUGCGGCGGGCGUGACUUUGGCCGUGAUGCGGCGACACCUGUCCUCGGGCGACGCGGUGCCGGUGGACAUGCCGGAGUACCACGAGCUGGAGCGCGUAGCGACCGAGUGGGAGGCGUGGGAGUCUCGAGCACUGCGCUGCGCGGCGACCCUGGAGGCUGUCCCUCUGGAAGAUUUGGCGGGGACCCUCACCGUGUGCUCCCCCACGCCCCCAGGCGAAAACGGCAAGGCCGACGAGGACGCUUCGGGACUCUUGCAAGAGGCGGCGGCGUUUUCUCACGGCAUCAAGACGUCGGCCAAGGACGCCCUGACCAGGGCCCUGGGCAGGAAGGGUUGGGCGCAGCGGGCGGUUGCGGUGAUAUCGUGCGAGGCCGUCGGUAUCGCUCGCCCCUCGGUUGCCUUGACGCAGUCGCUCAUGACGGAGGCUGGCAAGCUCGGGCUCCUGAGGGCCGCCGGGGGCGCCGUGUCGCCCCUCGUGACUAAGGUUAAGGCGCUCGCGGAGGGGGAGGGUCCGGCAACCAGGGCUAGGGAUCUGCUCAAGCCGGUGGAGGAAGGGGGCCUGAGCGAGGCUUCCAGCGACGCGGAGUUGUGCGGUGCCGAAGGCGUGCUGGGCAAUCUGCGCGCGACGCCCGUCGUCUAUCCCGAAGAAGAGAGUGUGUUGUGA